UGCAUAAAUUAGCGGUCAACUGACAGCUAACAGCUGUUGCUUCUGCCAAGAAGAAGUGACACUUUUCAUAAUCGGCAAAAAUAAAUACACAGAAAAAACGAAAAAGCCGCAAGCGUUUUUUUUCUCGAUGAAAAAUUAAAAGAAUACAUACCUACAAAAAAAGAUAAUAGAAAAACGAAUCUAAUUAAACAAUUUAAACAAAUAAUGAGAGGCUAACCUGAAAUUGAAUAGAACAAAAAAAAAAAAACAUAGAAACAAAAAAAACAGCCACGCGAUGUACAAACCUUUGGAAGAGCACAAUAGAUUAGCAUUUAAGUAUUUCCAAAUAUUUAUGGUUGUUGCUUUAUAUUGGGUUGUAUCAAUCUUAACAGUAUUUGUAAAUAAAGCACUUUUAAGUAGCAAAGAUAUCGACUUGGAUGCACCACUUUUUGUAACAUGGUUCCAAUGUGUAGUUUCUACAUUUAUAUGCUUUGUUAUGAGCCGACUGGCUCUACUUUUUCCAAAUACCAUAAGUUUCCCGGAAGGAACUCCACUUGACAUUGAUACAUUUCGAAAGAUGUUACCACUUUCAUUUGUAUUUACAUCAAUGAUUGCCACAAAUAAUUUAUGCUUGAAAUAUGUGGGAGUUGCAUUUUACUAUGUUGGAAGAUCACUUACAACUGUGUUUAAUGUUAUUCUUUCGUAUGUUAUGCUGAAGCAAAAGACUAGUUUCAAGAGUAUUAUGUGUUGUGGUGCUAUAGUUCUGGGAUUCUUUUUGGGAGUUGAUCAGGAGAGUCUGACAGAGUCUUUUUCAUGGCAAGGUACAUUAUACGGAGUAGUUGCAUCAUUGAGUGUAUCAAUGUUUUCCAUUCACACAAAGAAGGCGUUACCACAUGUUAACCAAGAAAUUUGGUUAUUAAGUUACUACAACAAUUUCUAUUCCAGUAUAUUGUUCCUUCCGUUGAUAAUAAUUAACGGUGAAUUAAAUGCAAUUAUAACUUAUCCAAAUUUAUAUUCGGGAUGGUUCAUUUCGGUGAUGGUAGUUGGUGGUAUUUUUGGAUUUGCCAUUGGUUACGUUACAUCUUUACAAAUUAAGGUAACAUCACCAUUAACGCACAAUAUAUCUGGCACAGCAAAAGCUUGCACCCAGACUGUUAUAGCUACACAAUGGUUCAAUGAAACAAAAUCAUCACUUUGGUGGAUUUCGAAUGCGAUUGUCCUAUUGGGCAGUGCGAGUUAUGCUCGCGUUAAGCAAGUAGAAAUGGAACAACAGCACAAUAGAGCAUCAAUAGCAACAAAAAUUUAAACAAGACACACAUUAUUUAUACAAUUAAACUGACUAAUUUUAUGUCCUAUAUGUUAACAUAA